GCUCUGCUGUAUCUUUGGAAUUACCUAAGUGGUAGGACCCCUGCUCUGAGACCCAUCCUCCGCCCGUUCCCUACGUAGUGGCCGCCUGUCUUAUAAAGCCUCGUGCUGGCCUCGGGCGUAUCGGACCCCUCCAUCCCACCUCAACAACCUUUUCUCCUCCCACCUUCUCCUGAUACCCGCUCUCCAGAUCUUCCAUACACACUUCCAGCACAAUGUCUGCCGAAACCGCUGUUGGAGACUGGGGCCUCAUCGGUCUGGCCGUCAUGGGCCAGAACCUGAUCCUGAACGCCGCCGACCACGGCUUCACUGUCGUUGCCUACAACCGUACCACCUCCAAGGUUGACCGCUUCCUUGAGAACGAGGCCAAGGGCAAGCCCAUUGUUGGCGCCCACUCCGUCAAGGAGUUCGUCUCCAAGCUCAAGAAGCCCCGCCGCAUGAUGAUGCUCGUCAUGGCCGGCAAGCCCGUUGAUGACUUCAUUGAGCAGCUCCUCGAGGCCGGUGCUGAGCCCGGUGACAUCAUCAUCGACGGUGGUAACUCUCACUACCCCGACACCAACCGCCGCACCAAGUACCUCGCCGAGAAGGGCAUCCGCUACGUUGGCUGCGGUGUCUCCGGUGGUGAGGAGGGUGCCCGCUACGGCCCCUCCAUCAUGCCCGGUGGUAACGACGAGGCUUGGCCCUACAUCAAGGAUGUUCUCCAGAGCAUCUCCGCCAAGAGCGACAACGAGCCCUGCUGCCAGUGGGUUGGUGACGAGGGUGCUGGUCACUACGUCAAGAUGGUCCACAACGGUAUUGAGUACGGUGACAUGCAGCUCAUUUCCGAGGCCUACGACAUCAUGAAGCGUGGUCUCGGCCUCUCCAACAAGGAGAUGGGCGAUGUCUUCGCCAAGUGGAACAAGGGUGUCCUCGACUCUUUCCUUGUCGAGAUCACUCGCGACAUCAUGUACUACAACGACGAUGACAACACCCCUCUGCUGGAGAAGAUCCUCGACUCUGCUGGCCAGAAGGGUACCGGCAAGUGGACUGCCAUCAACGCUCUUGACCUCGGCAUGCCCGUCACUCUCAUCGGCGAGGCUGUCUUCUCCCGCUGCCUGUCCUCCCUCAAGGCCGAGCGUGGCCGUGCUGCCCAGAUCCUCUCUGGCCCCGAGCCCAAGUUCGAGGGUGACAAGCAGGCCUUCAUUGACGACCUUGAGCAGGCCCUCUACGCCUCCAAGAUCAUCUCCUACGCUCAGGGCUUCAUGCUGAUGCAGAACGCCGCCAAGGAGUACGGCUGGAAGCUCCAGAAGCCCGAGAUCGCGCUCAUGUGGCGUGGUGGCUGCAUCAUCCGCUCCGUCUUCCUUAAGGACAUCACCAACGCCUACCGCAACAACCCCGACCUUGAGAACCUGCUCUUCGACGACUUCUUCAAGACGGCCAUCACCAAGGCCCAGCCCGGCUGGAGGAACGUCGUUUCCAAGGGUGCUCUCUGGGGUAUCCCCACCCCUGCCUUCAGCACCGCUUUGGGCUUCUUCGACGGUUACCGCACCAAGGACCUGCCCGCCAACCUGCUCCAGGCCCAGCGUGACUACUUCGGUGCCCACACCUUCCGCAUCAAGCCCGAGCACGCCAGCGCCAAGUACCCCGAGGGCGAGAACAUCCACGUCAACUGGACCGGCCGCGGUGGCAACGUCUCCGCCUCUACCUACACCGCUUAGAGUGUGAGCAUGGGGGUUCGGGAGUGAGCAUGGAUUUUAGAAUGGCACAUGGCGCGUGUUCUUUUUGGUUGAACGAUACUCAAAGCUUGCCACGCGUACAUGGCACAUAAAUUGAAUAAACGAAUUGACAUGAC